UUCCUUCGUGGUUUGUUUGUGAUUGAUAAAGAUCAGUUUAUUGACAGAAAAAUAAAGCAAAUAUUCUCACAUUAUUUCAUAAGCUAUCUUCAAUCCAACCCAAACUCAUCCACUAAUCCAUUUGUAUUAUUAGUGUCUCCAGCUUUUUAUGAAUCUCGCAAUAAAUACGAUUGUGACGUUUUUGUGAGAGUCUUUGACAUCAUAUCAAAGCAGCAGCUAGUGAUAGAUGAAUCAAUUGCUAAUGUUACAAAAUUUAAGUACUACUAUUCAAUACUGGAAGCUACACCAAUUCUUCUUGGACCACUCCUCUCAUUAUUCUUAAGGAUGGGGUCAUCUCCCUCCAGUCAGAACUGUGUUGCGAUUAUUAAGAAACUAUUUAAGAAAUUAUUUGAAACUAAUAAGAGUCAUGCAGAUGAAUUAUCAAAUUCUAAGUUAAUGCCAGUGAUACAAGAGUAUCUUGUCAGCAAUUUAUUGAAUACUAAGGAACAUAUAUUCAGCUCCUUGAUUGCUAUAGCAGCACAUUAUCUCACCUUCAUAUCCCAGGCACUGUUUCCAGCUAAAAAACUUGUUGAGGAAAAUGACAGUAAAAGCUGUCGUCAAAACAAUUUAUUGAGAAACUAGAAGAGUCUGUCACUGUGCCAAUAAAUUAACUUAAGAUUUAACAAUACAUAUUAUCCUUUUCAUGCAACUAUUGCUGUUUAUUUUUAAGUAGCUAGAAAUAGCAAUUUUACUCACCUCAAA